ACCGACUCCAAGCAGUUUGGAUUCUCACACUUCGUCUUAAUCUCUCCGGUACAGCAUUCCAGCCCAGGAAUUCCGUCUCUAUCCUUCGGUGAACGCGUCUUCACCUGCUCGCGAUCCGUGAAUAAACCAGGUAAACGUGGGCAUCAUGCCUGGGACUGUGUCGGACGGCCCUUCUGUGGCAUUGAGCUUUGCCAAUAACUUCUGGGGAAAAGACGACGCGGGAGUUGAGCCUCUUCUGCAGCGCAUGCUCAAUGCGAAGCAGACAUCCGACGAGUUGAAGUCGUUCUACACGGCUCGUGCCGCCAUCGAAGACGAAUAUGCUCGUAAAUUACUGUCAUUAUCACGUAAGCCCUUGGGGUCUCAAGAGACCGGUACGCUACGCGCUUCACUCGAUGUCCUACGAGGGGAGGUCGAGCAGAUGGGCAAGUCACAUCAGAAUAUCGCAGGUCAAAUGAAGACAGAACUCGAAGAGCCGCUGGCGGCGUUUGCUGGUGCUAUGAAAGAGCGUAGGAAAAUUGUUCAGGGUGGUAUUGAAAAGCUAUUGAAGGUCAAGGUUGGGCAGACACAGCAGGUUAAUAAGACGCGGGACAGAUACGAGCAAGAAUGUCUAAAAAUAAAGGGCUAUCUGGCACAAGGACACAUGGUCAUGGGACAAGAGGAACGCAAGAACAAGGCCAAGCUCGAGAAGACUCAAAUCAACCUUGCGACAUCAAACACCGAAUACGAGAAUGCGGUCAAGAUCCUCGAGGAGACAACGGGCAGAUGGAAUAGGGACUGGAAGGCUGCGGCAGACAAAUUCCAAGAUCUCGAGGAAGAGCGCCUGGAUUUCAUGAAGAGCAGUCUUUGGAGUUUUGCCAACAUAGCCUCGACGGUUUGUGUCAGUGAUGAUGCGUCUUGUGAGAAGGUUCGACUAUCACUCGAGAACUGCGAGGUGGAAAAGGAUAUCGUUAGAUUCAUCAAAGAACGGGGCACUGGUCAGGAGAUACCAGAUCCGCCGAAGUACAUCAACUUCUGUCGGGGUGAUGUUAGCGACACACAGUCUGAGGCAUCCGAAGACGACAGUUACUCAGUCGCCCAAUUUCAGCGAACGAUAAACCCCGCCUAUAGAAGCUCAUCACCUCAACCUUCAACAUACGAAUCCCAUCAUGAUGCACAAGCCUCCCUGGCACGAGAUCUUGGUCACGAUCUGGGCACCCCUCCCAGCCGCGAGGCUACCAUAACUCCCCAAAAGCUGGUGACAGAUAGGGGCAAACCACCACAGCUAGACUAUCAGCCUCAACCAAGCAGGCUCGGCUACGAUCAAUCUCAGCAUGGGCCACUGGCAGCUGUUCCUCACGACCCUUAUCCAAUGGAUGGGAUGACUAUGCUAUGUCGAACGGGUCCUCCUUCAGAAAGAAGUUCGGCUCAUAGUCCUGCCAGACCCUCCAGCCGAGAUUCACAGAGCGAGUAUUCCAACCCCACUUCGUUCUCAAGCCAGGAGCCACCCAGCGGCAAGACCUCUCCAGUGAAGCAACCGGCCCCCCCUGCUGAGAGAAACCUAUUGAAGAAAAAGAGUGGGUUUUUCCAAAGUCACAGCCCGUUUAGACGCAAGAGCAACAAGGAAAAGGAUAAUUCAACAGUAAUGACAUCGUCAAAUCGAAAUACAUGGUCUGCCAGCCGUACGAAUAAUAGCCAAAUUACGCCCUCUCGACGGGAUCAGACGUACGGUCAGGAGUCUCGCAAUAUGAUCACGGGUAGGGCAACAGGCAGUCCCGAGCCAAUUGAUCCUAACGCCAACUAUCAACUUAACGUCGGGAACAAUGUAUUCGACGUGGCAACCCCGGACAGAAAGAGCAAGGCUGCCCAGAACAAGGCAGCUCAGCAAGAGGACGAUGCCGAUCCUAUUGCCCAAGCUUUGGCAGAAUUGAAGGGUGUCACCAAGGCCUCCUCAUCUCGAAUGUCCGCAGAUAACUAUCAUGGUAUCUCGACUCCUGCCCCUGGAGCAACGCCAAACUCUCGACCAGGAGGAGCUCAAAUGGCAAACGGUGCUUUGAUAGCAGGUAUGCGAGGCACACCACCUCCAUCUUACGACCAGCCAGUGCAACGACUUGGACUUCCUCAACCAGCUUUCACCUCAAAAGCAAUGCAACAAACAAGGCAGAAAUAUGUUGACCAGACUCAAAACAUGUUCAACUCCCAAGGACGCUCUGAUUCUCAAGCUGGAUACGGAUCUGGGUCACAAUCUCGCCCGGGUACUCGAGGAAACGAUAUGCCACGGGCAGCCUCCCCGGCUCCUCCACGCAGUGCCUCCCCACGCCCCGGAAUGCAGGUAGAUACAAGGCAAGCAUACCGCUCAGCUUCCCCGAAUCCAUAUGGUGGUAGUCAGCGCCGUCCUCAUUCAGAGUCGCCUCAAAAGCGUGGUUCUGAUCUCGGCUACUAUCGACACACCUCUCCAAAUGAUGUUGCUCGUGCUGUUUCCCCAGCUCCCUUCCGUGAUCAAGAUCGGCCAGGCAGUAGCCAUGUUAAUAACGAUAUGUCGAUGCAGCUGGCUCCAGGUCCCGAUGAAGGUUAUGGAUCGAAAGGACGUGCCAAUAGUCGAGCGGGAAAUGCCAGGCCUAUGAGCCACUAUGGUGGUCAAGAUGGAAGUGGUGGGGCUUCCAGACAAAGAAGCAAGAGCGUUGCGGAGGUGAGACAGUUCAACAGGGAAGGGCGUCCUAUUCUGCAUUUUGCUCGUGCACUUUAUAUGUAUCAGGCGGCCAUCCCCGAGGAACUGAGCUUUGCGAAAGGAGAUAUCCUUGCAGUGUUGCGGCACCAAGAUGAUGGAUGGUGGGAGGCAGAAGUCGCUGGGAAGAAUGGUAGACCGGGCCUGGUGCCAAGCAAUUAUCUUCAGAACUGCUAAUAAUUUGGAAAGCGAGUGGGCCUUUGGAAGCACAUCUGUGUGUUUAUAAAUUGUUCGAGUUGAUACUUUGCGUAAAUGGAUGGCCAGCAUGAGAUUUGUUUCGAGUAGGAUAUGAACUUCAGCAUUGCAAAUAAAUGAGACAAGAGUGAAGAGCAAGGAAUGAAAUUCAAGUUUAUGCUGAAAAAAUUGAUUGAACAAACAAUGAUGAAGACUCGUGAAAGGAGCUGAGGGUCCUAACCGUGGCUGGGAU